AUGGAUGCACUGGACAAAGUUUUUGAACACACAGAGGAUGCUGAUCUCCACAAAGACAUCUCAGUUACAAAAUCAGCUAUUUCAAGCCAUAGAAACCAAAAUUUGAACUGGAAGGUGCCAGGAAAUGAGAACCCAAAUGAUGAAACUGAACAUUUCAGGUUUAGCAACAAAUCACAUGAUAGCUUAUUCAUGGAUAAAAUGAGCAUGGAAGAUGGAGACCAGAGAGUCUUUAUAAAUAUCGCAGGUCUUAGGUUUGAAACGUAUCUUAAAACUCUCAGUGAGUUCCCAGACACUCUACUUGGGGAUCCAAAGAAAAGAAUUCAUUACUUUGAUUCCAUGAGGAAUGAAUAUUUUUUUGAUAGAAACCGGCCAAGUUUUGAUGGGAUUUUAUAUUACUAUCAGUCUGGAGGGAAAAUGAGGCGCCCAGCUAAUGUACCUAUAGAUGUCUUUGCAGAUGAAAUCAUUUUUUAUGAGCUUGGUAAUGAAGCUAUGGAACAAUUUAGAGAUGAUGAAGGUUUUUUAAAAGACCCAGAGAUUCCCUUACCAAAGAAUGACUAUCACAAACAAUUUUGGCUGCUCUUUGAGUAUCCUGAAAGCUCAACUGCUGCAAGAGGAAUGGCACUUGUCUCUGUUUUGGUUAUUAUCAUAUCCAUCCUUAUCUUCUGCAUGGAAACAUUGCCAGAGUUCAGAGAAGAAAGAGAUCUCUACUUUUAUAGGGCAACUGGAAACGACUCUGAAAGCACAACCUAUUCGAGCACAUUUACUGAUCCGUUUUUCAUGGUAGAGACUACAUGCAUAGUAUGGUUUUCCUUUGAAUUGGCUGUCAGGUUUGUCGUCUGCCCAAGUACUUCCACAUUCUUUAAGAACAUCAUGAAUAUUAUUGAUAUUGUGUCUAUCAUUCCAUAUUUUGUGACAUUAGUAACGGAACUAUUCAAGCAAACAGAACCCGUCGGCCAGCAAAACAUGUCCUUAGCAAUUUUGAGAAUUGUUCGACUCGUCAGGGUGUUCAGAAUUUUUAAGCUAUCGCGGCAUUCAAAAGGGCUUCAGAUUCUAGGACAAACUCUGAAAGCCAGCAUGAGAGAACUGGGCUUGUUGAUAUUUUUCCUUUUCAUUGGUGUAAUUCUGUUCUCUAGCGCUGUGUACUUUGCAGAGGUCGACGAACCUCAGUCCCAAUUUUUAAGUAUCCCAGAUGGAUUCUGGUGGGCUGUGGUGACAAUGACAACUGUUGGCUAUGGUGAUAUGUGUCCUAUUACUUUGUCAGGGAAGGUGGUUGGUACGCUGUGUGCUAUUGCAGGUGUCUUGACUAUUGCACUCCCAGUGCCUGUGAUAGUAUCCAACUUCAAUUACUUCUAUCACAGGGAAACUGAGAAUGAAGAAAGACAUAGUUUACCAGUGGAAGUGGAAAAAAUCAGCUUAGGCCAUCUAAUACGUGCAGGGAGUUCCUCCUCUCUAAAGAAAAACAAUGGCUCUUGUAUUUCUGACAAAAAUGGCAAAACCUGA